UGUAGCAAACGUUUCGAUAACGGAAAACGCGUCGACACUGUUAGAAUUAUCACUUUAUCUUAUCCGUUACAAAUCAACCGAAGAAACGUUUAAACGGACUAUACUGCGCAUAAAGAUCUUGUUUGCCUCCAGAAUAAAAUGAAAGUUUUUCAGAUAUAUUGCAUAAUUUUCUUCUAUUUUUUUUCAAGACCUGCUUCUUUCUCAACGCAAGAAGAUAUUUUUAAGGACAAUCAAGAAUUUAAAUUACUCGAUCAACACUACCGCAAUAGCUUGAGAGCAUCAGACCUUUUUAGCACUCCUUACAAAAGAAUAACAAGACUGUUUCAUGGACUUAUGAAAAACUCCAAUCACAGACAUGUUUCAAUGAACAAUAAUACCGUAAAAGCAAUUAGCAACGAUAAAACGCUUGAAGCGCAUUUGGUAAUUGAAUCGGACUCCUUUGGACGUAUUAGAAUUCAUAGCUUUAAAACUCCAGUUCAUUAUCUUUGUAUUGGCGACGACGGAAGACCUGUUGGCAUAAUAAAGAGUGAUUUAGAUUCUGGAAAACAAGAUAUCAAUAAAUGUAUUUUUCAAGAAAUAUUCAAGGACAAGUACGUGCAAUUCAGAUCACUGUAUUUUUAUAAAACCUCAACAAAUACAGGAUGCUUAGGUUUUAACCGGUAUGGAACAGCACGAAGAGUGACUCGUUCAAAAUGUUCUCAUAAGAGUACUUUUUUUAUUGAAAGAUUUUCAAGAAUAAUAAUUGACGUGAAUAAAAACAAGCACUUGAAAAAACAAUUGCUCAAUUUUUUGAAACAGACAAACAAACAACAUAAAUAUAUAUAGAUUAAU